AUGGAAAAAAGACAAAGGGAAGCCUUAGCUGCACAAUAUGAAGAAGAACAGAAAAAAAUUCUGGACGAGCUUAUAGAGCUUUCUUUUUCUUUCUGGGAUGGGACGAACAAUAAAUACAGCUUGAAAACCAAAAAGGAGACCUCUAUAAGCCACUUCUUAGAGAUUGCUGUAGAAAUCCUUAAAAAAGAUUUCCCAGAAAUAAGGCAGCUGCAUUCGUCAGCUUUUAUAUAUGUGAAAGAAGAUAUCAUUAUUCCGUAUGAUUAUACAUUUUAUGACCUUAUUAUAAAUGAUGCAAAAGGAAGGAACGGAAGCUUGUUUACUUUGACAAAAAAACAGGAUUUCGAUAAAGACGAAGGCUAUGUCGCAAAAAUACUUGAAAGAAAAUGGUAUGAAAAAAACAAGCAUAUAUUCCCUGCAAAUAGGUGGGAAAUAUAUGACCCACUUAAAAAUAACUAG